AUGCAAGAUAAUAUAGCUGUUGGUAUCGGUGGCAGCUUCUUAGGUCCUCUUCAAACAGAUCCAGAGGCUAUCGAAACAGCAAGGGGAAGGCAACUGCAUUUAGGAUGGAUGAUUCUGGGUGGGGGUUGCCUGUUCUGCAGCGAGGGCAUUGUCGAAGUCGGUUCCAGGUUUUGGCUCUAUAAGGUUUCCCAUUCGCACAUGGCGGAACUGCUUUUCCAGAAGUCAUAUCCAAAUGAAGAAUUCUUUUCCGAGACACCCUCACCUCAGAAUUUGGAGGAUGACGUUCCGAUUAAUCUAGAGGACUAA